UGUAAUUCCGGGCUGAACCACAGACCUGCAGCCGUUAGCAAGCGAGUCAUUUCUUUAAUUCAUGGUCAGAAGGUUAUCGUUGUUUGUUAAACCGUAAGAGACGUGUGUUUCUCAUCUCCUGUCACGUUUUAAAGUCCAGUGCUCGGCUCAGCACAGCUAAAUGGCAGCAGUCCAGGAGGGGCCGUGGAAAAGCCUGAGCUCUGGGAAGAAGGUGGUGUUGGCUGCAGGCCUUUCUGUAGGGGCCACAGUGGGCUACAUCUUGUACCGACAUAUUCGCAACAGCAGCGCUCAGAAACAGACGGAACAGUCCAGGUUUUCUCUGCCGCUCGACGUGUACAGAUGCAUUGCGAGGCACCAGAGUGCCUUUCUGGAUCUUGUCAGUCAGAAGUCAGGAGCUCAGGUGAACGUGCUGCCGAAUUCAGACGAUCAGAGCUCUGUGUGCUUCUUGCUCCAGGGCACAACUCAGCAGAACCUCUUGGCUAAAUGUGCUCUGGAGAAACUGGCCAAUGACAGCGAGCCCAUCACUGAUGUCAUAGAGGUUCCACAAACUGCCUUCGGACGAAUCAUAGGUCGUGGAGGCGAGACGCUGAAGUUCAUUAGCAGAACGUCAGGAGCUCGCGUGAACUGCUCACGUGAACGAGGUCGCAGCUUGGAGGAAAAGGGCAAGGUUACGAUUGUGGGGACACGUCAGGAAGUCCAGCGGGCUAAGGACUUAAUCAUGGAGAAGGUGAUGGAGAAUGAGACGGUACGGAAACGGAUAAACCAGUCUUCUGCUCUGCGCCAGAAAAGGAAAGCUUUAGAACUGGAGCCGGUCCACAGACCUCAGGGCCGAGACACCGAGCUCACGCAGAACACGAACAGAGACGAUCUGCUCUCUCCAUUGACUGAAGCGGGACUGAUUCAAGCCAGUGGCUCUAAUGGGUUUGCCAGCAGCGGGGACCACACAACGGAAAAUUCGCUUCGAUCAGAGGAAGAGGAGAUUUUCUCACCAGCUUCACCACUGGAGUACUCAAAGUUUGAAAUCCCGAGUCCAGACUUGAGCUUCCAGCCAGGUGAGCAUUUGGAGGUGUAUGUGUCUGCAUCGGAGAAUCCCCAACACUUCUGGAUCCAGAUCAUAGGUGUCCGAUCACUGCAGCUGGACAAACUGACUACCGAGAUGAGCCGUUUCUAUAAUGGAGAUACCUCAAUUGAGCACAGAGUCGAGGCUAUAGUUGUAGGGGACAUCGUGGCCGCUCCGUAUCAGGACCACGGCACAUGGAACCGGGCUCGAGUGUUGGGCGUCCUGAGCUCUGGUUUGGUCGAUCUGUACUACGUGGACUUUGGGGACAAUGGAGAGCUGCCACGGGAUCACUUACGCAGCCUGAGGAGCGAUUUCUUGAGCUUGCCCUUCCAAGCCAUCGAGUGCAGUUUGGCAGAAGUGCAACCUGCAGGAGAUUUUUGGACCGAAGACGCACUGGAUGACUUUGAGAGGAUGACAUACUGUGCACAGUGGAAGCCUUUACUAGCCAAACUGUGCAGUUACUCACACACUGAGAUGUCUUCUUGGCCCAGUGUAAAGCUGUAUGAUAACAGCCAGGGAAAGGCUGUGGAUCUGGGUGAAGAGUUGAUUCGCUUAGGCCAUGCAGUGAGCUGUCAGGAUGAGGGGAGCGGGUUAAGAGGAGAUCAUGAUGAACCAAGAUCUCUGCAGAAGUUGUUGGAUGACAUGACCGGGGUCAACUCAGAGUUGAGUAUGUCCUGCAUAAGCUUGUCAGGUUCUACAUAUCCAUCAGUGACGAAACAGUUGACGUGGUCAUUGUCGAGCUGCCCCAGUUCUGUAGAUGUCGAGCGAGCCGAUGUAGACCAGAAUUCCUCUGACAACCUCAUGCCUCCUUCUUCGUCGCUUCUCUACUCAACACCGUCUUUGAGCCUGAGUGAGCUGGUGAGCCAUGUUAUCGAGUCCUCAGGAUCAGUGCUGUCUCCACUGGUCCCGGAUCCAAGAGUCCUUCCUCACCAGAGCAGCUCAGAUCUUCCAUCAGCAACACAAGUAAAGCGUAUGCAAGACUUCUCUUCGGUUACAACAUCCUCCUCAUCUGCUGUAGAGGCAGUGACUUCAGCAAUAUAUUCUGUCAGUCUGAGUGACAGCGUCUUCGUUGGGACAUCAUCCAGCAGCAGCAAUGUCGCAUCAUCUUCAGAGCUGAUAGAACCGGAGUCUUCUCCCAGUACCUGUAGUGAGUGUGCGUGUAGCAGGAGUAGUGAUGGAAUAAGAGGUGUCUGGUAUUACCUUACCUCCUCUCAGGAAUCCUCUGAGACGUCGCUCAACACCACCAUGCCCACGUCAACCACAGCUUCUUCAUCCUCCUGUCCAACUUCCUCAUCCUCCUGUCUGACAGAUGAGCCUGAGGAUCCGACCCCUGUGACCUCCUCUUCUGUAAUCUACCUCAGCUCUGAUGUGUCAAGUGCCGAUGCUGCAGAAAUGGUGGAUGGAGAUCCAUCUGAGCCAAGCAAGUCUUUUCAAAAGUGUAGUUUUUCCUAUGUGAGUGACUGCAGCAGUGGAGAAAGUGAUAUCAUUUAUGUCGGAGCUACCAAAUCUGUUUCUGACCCCACUGAUAAGGGAGCUAAUAAUUCUAAUGAUUCUGCAUCUAUGAGUAAUGUGAACAAGAAAGAGUUAUUAAGAGACAAGACUGAGAAGGAGGAGGUUGGUGAAGAAGCAAUGCUAAGAGAGAAGGUCCUGGAACUUGAACACCAGAAGACGAACAGUGGAGAUGUAUCAGUAAGAGAAGUCGCCUCAAUAUCUGGAAGUGUAGAUGAUGUCCUCGAAGACGAGUUUAACUGAUAAAAGACCAAAGUCAAUAUGUAUUCAUAUUGAGACCACCUCUGCUGACAUGGACCUCAUGCUUCCUAUCUGCAAAACCAAGCCUUAUCUGACUGUGCUAUCUAUAUGUUCUGUUUAAUUUACUUUUUGUCACCUUGUUGUCUGUUCUAGAGUUAAUGUCAACAUUACAGAUAUUGUUUCUUUCACUGUGUACUGAACUACUUGAGAAGAGUUAACUGAUGACCAGAUGAAGAGUGGCGCUCAGGGAGUCUGAAAGUGGGAGCUAUGGAAAUGAACCUCAGUAUUAUACUCGUUGUGCACUUGGGUGAUUAAAUAGUUUUUAUGGAAGUUGUUUGAAAACCACAUGCAUUUAAUUUACUGGAACUUUUGUUGUUUAUGUUGUGCAUUUCAGGGUUUAUUAACAUGCUCGAAAAACAUUAUGAGGAUAUGAAUAUAAUAAAAUAGAGUAUUGUUCUAAUCUGGUCUCUUUCUUUUAACAUCCUUUCUUCUUUGUUCAUAUAGGAAUUGUUUGAAAGGUCUUUAAUGUCUUAUUAUUCAGAAAGUAGAUCCUAAGACACUUCAGGUCUAAUUGUAGAAUUAGAAAUUAGGAUUGUUAUAAAACUUGGCCGAAUGUCUGACCUCAUCACCAAUUACUUCAUAUUAAAUACUGAAUGAAGUUACUGACUUGCACAUCUUUGUUUGGCUUGGCACCACAUACAUACUGUCCAAUACAUUGUUUUUAUUUAUUAUUUAUUUUUUUCAGAAAGCUGUUUUAGGACAAUAUUAAUAUAAAACUGUACACAAUGGGGAGUUUGCCUUCCA